ACUUUGUUCGGUAUCACGCAUUAUAAUUUCGUUUAAUUAUUUACUAUUGACUGUUGUCAUUUUGACAGUGACAGUGAUAGAUACUGACAUUACACUUCGGCAGAAUUGUCUGUCCUAGUGAGUCGUUUAAUCUCUUGAUAGAGAUUAAAAAAUAAUUGUUCUUUGGUUUUGAUUAACGCAGUUGGACUAGUGAUUCUUCCUUGCCGUAUCCAAAACUUAAUAUACGCGUAAGGAGUCUCCGUACUCCUACAAUCUUUGCAAGAAGCUACCAAGCUUCGUGUCAAUGUAUUCGGUGCUUAUGAACAAUAUAAAAAUGACUCUAAAUCCGAAAGACGUGAUAAUAAGUAUAGACAGACCUAAAAUACUCUUGUUAAAGAAACAUAUAGACUACUUGGCUAAAUAUGGGACAGACCAAGACGAUUAUGAGUAUAAUAUGACUGAAUAUCUUCGGAUGUCGGGUAUCUACUGGAGCUUGACGGCUAUGGAGCUAAUGGGAGCCUCUGAUAGGAUGCCAAAGGAUGAUAUUAUAAACUUCAUUUCAACAUGUCAGAACAAGGAAACAGGAGGCAUCUCAGCGUGCUUCCCACAUGACCCCCAUAUUCUAUACACCUUGAGUGCUAUACAGGUCUUAACCAUGUACAACAGGCUGGAUGCCAUAGAUGUUGAAGGUGUGGUCAAGUUUGUGGCGUCACUGCAACAACCUGAUGGAAGUUUCUAUGGUGAUAUCUGGGGCGAGCAGGACACAAGGUUCUCGUUCUGUGCUGUAAUGUGCCUCUCACUCCUGCAUCGGCUGGAUGCCAUCAAUGUGGACAAGGCAGUUGAGUUUGUGCUUAGCUGCAUGAACUUUGAUGGAGGCUUUGGUUCCAAACCUGGCUCCGAAAGCCACGCUGGUCUCAUCUACUGCUGUGUGGGUACUCUAUCAAUCUGCAAGAGGCUGGAUGCACUUAAAGUGGAUGCUUUGGCCUGGUGGCUGUGUGAACGUCAAUUGCCCAGUGGUGGACUAAAUGGCAGGCCUGAGAAACUACCUGACCUGUGCUAUUCUUGGUGGGUAAUUUCAUCCCUAAAAAUCUUGAACAAAAUGCGCUGGGUGGACAAAGAGCGACUGGAGCAGUUCAUAAUGGCUUGCCAAGACCCAGACACUGGUGGAUUCAGCGACCGACCAGGAGACAUUACUGACCCAUUCCACACAUUAUUUGGUUUAGCAGGCCUUUCGUUACUUGGCAACAGUAAAAUUAAACCAGUGAACCCUGUUUACUGCAUGCCACAAGAAACCAUUGAUAGGCUAAAACUGAAACCACAAAUGUUAUAAAUCAUUUCCAAUAAGUUUGUCUGAAUGUGUGUAUUGUAAUCUAAGCAUAAAAAGAAUAGGUAAAGGUGUAUUUUUUUGUUUAUAAAUACCUAGAAUUAUUGUUGUAAGGAGAUUUACCUCUGUUAUCUUAAUAUUUUAAAAACAUGUGUCCGACCAAGUAAUUUAUUUGAUCAUCCUUCUGGUCGCUAUCUGUUCCAAAAACUGAUUUUAAUGACUAAAGAUGUAGUUCUCCUUGCUUCAAUACUUGUUAAGUAGCAUCAUUUUUUAUCAUAAAGUGAAUGAACACUCACGUUUUAUAUUUAUUAUAUAAGUAACUAUGCAAUAAUAAAGAAGUAUUUAAUGUGAUAUAUAGCAA